AUGACUAUGGUCAAGAACGUGCUCAGAGGACAAAAGUGUGAUGUAGUUCUUCAUGACGGUGCACCAAACGUUGGUGCCAACUGGCUCAAAGACGCUUUCUCGCAAUCCGAGUUGUGCUUGUUUGCUUUAAAGAUGGCAACAGAAUUCUUGAAGCCUGAAGGCUUAUUUAUUACCAAAGUCUUUCGUUCAAAAGAUUAUACAUCCCUGAUGUGGGUUUUGAAUCAAUUCUUUACCAAAGUUGAAGCAACCAAACCAAAAGCAUCAAGAGAUGCAUCUGCAGAAAUCUAUAUUUGUUGUUUUGGAUAUAAAGCUCCAAAGGAAAUUGAUCCUAAACUCUUUGAUUCUUCAUUAGUAUUUGAGGACGUUGAAGCACAAAAGAAGAAAUUGAAAUUAUCAUUCAGAGAUUUAGCAAAACAAAAGCCAAACCAAGAAGGCUACGAAGAAGGUCUUACAUUGCUCUAUAAGAAGUGCAGCGUCGCAGAGUUUAUUGAAACUGAACAACCAAUUAAGAUUUUAGUAGAUUACAACGAGCUUGAAUUUGACGAAUCAUCCCAAAUUUAUUUAAAUCAUCCACUUACAACCAAAGAUAUCAUUGAAGCAUGUGAAGACUUGCGUGUGUUGGGUAAACCAGAUUUCAGAAUGUUGCUCAAAUGGAGAAAUAAUAUGAAAGAUUUUAAGGAUGAACUUGACGCAGAAAAUAAUGAAGAUAUUAUUGAGCAAGACGAAGAGGAUGAAGUUUUGGAUCCUAUUCACGAAGAAAAUAAUUUAGCAACAGCAAGUGACGAGAUGGAGCUUCCAUCUGAUGAAGAAGAGUUAGAAGGAGAAUUGAAGGAACUCAAGGACAAACACCGAAAGAUUGAAAAGAAAAAGGAAAAGAAAUUGAGAGAAAAACAAAAGAAACUUGCUAUCAAAGCAGCAACAGAAAGACCAGAAGAUAUGCUCGACAUUUAUGAAGAUACUGCUCUGUUCCGUAUGAAAGAUAUCUCAAGUAAGGACAUGUUAAAUGCCGUUUUGGACCCAUCAGUCACAAGUCAAGCCUAUGAUGCUUACUUGAAACAAAAAGAACUCAAGAAGGAACAAGUAAGAAAAGAAAAAGAAGCACUUGGUAAGAUUGAAUUGGACGAAGACGAGCGAGAUGAAAUUUUGGAAGCUGAACUUGAUGCCCUCUAUCAACAACUUAUGGAAAAGAAGACAAGAAGAUUCAAGGCAAGCAUUCUCCAAUCACGAGAUGAUCAUUCUCAAAAAAAGAACGAGCUUUAUGAAGCUAUUAAUUAUGAAGAAGAAAAAUAUGGAGCACCAAAUACAAAUCCACUCCUCAUUGAACACAGAGAUUUAGGCUCGAAACAAUCUAAGGCAGACCAAUUCUUCAAUCAAAAUAUUUUCAGCGUGUUAAUGGAAGAAGCCACCGGAAAUAGUGAUAACGAAGAUGACAAUGCCACACGAACAAAGAGACGUAAACUCGGACGACUUGACAACAUUACAGAGGAAGAUUUAGAAGUGGACUCUUCGGAUUCUGAGUCUGAUAAUGAUGACGAUGAUGAAGAAGAUGAAUCAGCUAUCUCUGACUUCAAGAGAAAGGUAGGAACACAACCAACCAAACAAGAUGUUGGUGGCUUUGAAAUCAUGCCUAAAGAGAUGAAGGAUCCUGAAGUGAGAGCCACUGCUUUAGCUCUUGGUAAAAAACUUCUCCGAAAGAAAGAACGUAGAGAAUUUAUUGAUAAUGCAUUCCACAGAUAUGCUUUCAAUGACGAGGAUGUUCCAGAUUGGUUAGCUGAUGAUGAAGUUAAAUCAUUUAGAAAGCAAGAUCCAAUCACCAAAGAAGAAGCUGACGAAAUUAAACGAAAGAUGGCUGAAAUUGAUGCAAGACCAAUCAAGGCUGUUCUCGAAGCCAAGAUUAGAAGAAAAUUCAGAGCUCAAAAGAAAAUUAAGGAAGUUAAAGAUAAGGCAGAAGUCAUUGCACAAAGCCAAGAAUUAACACCACAAGAAAAAUCGAAAGAACUCAUGAAACUGUAUAAGAAUGCCUCUGUGAAGACAAGUAGAAGGAAAGUUUACGUGGUUGGAGGUGGCAAGAAAGUUUUGGGUAAGAAAUCACCAGGUUCGAUCAUGAAGUUUGUUGACAACCGUACCAAGAAGGACAAACGAGCCCAAGACUCAAAGAAGAGAAAGAGAUAA